GUCGCUUGCCGCAUUCAAACCAGGGAUGAAGGCAACGAUGACAUGACGCGAGUCCACAGACAUGAUGCGAGUGCAAGGUGAGCAGACGCUCCUCCUUCAAUGCCUGUCGGUCGUGUCAGUGCGUGGCUCACUGGCUAACGGUGACCAGCAGUGAAGCAGCGAGCACAGCGCUGCAGCAGAGGCAUGAUGCACACCCAGGCAGCCAUAUACUCGUGUUCCGUUCCAUACAGCAGCUGUUGAGUCUUCCUUCGCCCUCUGACUGCUUCUCUCUCUGUGUGUUGUGUGUUGCAGUUGAAGUGCUUUUCUCGGUGGAAGACCCCCGGGAUGUCAUUUUUGGUGCGUCGGGCACUGUCCGAUGUGACCCAUCGACGAAGCGCGUGCGGGUCGAUGACUGCAUGGCGCUGCUCGAACAGGGACAUAGACGCCUGCAGCACGGUGGGUGGGGUGGGGUGGGCAGAGGGGAGCAGAUACCACACACACAGCUGGUUGUGGCGGGGAGGGCUCUUUCACUUGUCUGUUGUGUGUUCCGGCGUGUUUGCUUAUCUUCUUUGCAGGCAAGUUUGAUGUGUAUUUGCCUGUGACGGAUGGCGAGCUGCCGCAAUACCUCAGCUCCCUGCCGUGUAAGUGGCUGUGGCUCAUGGCUCAUCAGUGCAGCACUGCAAGCAGAGGCAGAUCGGUGUGCUGUCCUGUGUGUGCAGUGUCAAAGCAGAUCCCCGAGCCAGAUGGCCUCGACCGGUGGGUCGACGUGGAGGAGGACAAGAAGGGCCUCUUCCUGAGACUGCACUUGACGCAGGUGCGUUCACAACACACACUCACACACAUUGCAAUGUCAAUCAGGCUGUUCACAUCACAUGUCCUUCCUCUUCUGCUCUGUGCAGCCUGAGCCGUCCGGCAACGGUUCAUCGGACAAGAACGCCAGUGCGCCCAGCGUCAAUGGCAACGGCAGCAGCGGCAGCCAGACGGGCGUCCAGAACCGCAACACCUCGGCAUCCAGCACCACCGACCCCAGCGGCCCCACCAACGGCAGCGGGAGCAUCAUCGCCCCGCCCAAGAAGAAGGACCGAUGCAUAAGUACGGACACACACACACACACACUGCACACACCAAGGAGAGGCAGAGGGUCACAUUUGGGGACUUCGUGUGUCUAAUGUGUGUGUCAGCGUUGGGAGACUGGCGUCGAAAGAUUCAGUUGGUUGAGGAGAAGCGCCAGACGGAGAAGGCGCGCAUCACCGAGAUAUGCAAGUCAGUCGACUGGAGCCAACCCAGGUGAGUCAGCAAGCAAUGAAGGAAUGACUGCACCGACAUGCAUCCCACGCAUCAUGUGUGCCUGCGUGUUUCCCGUGUGUGUGCCUGCAGGCUGUCAGAUGCCGUCAAAUACAUGAAUAUGGCGCAGCGCUUCAUCAAUGACGUCAAGUGAGCACGCACAGACACACAAACGACCGCUGCCGCCCACCCGAAUCUGUUUUAUGAGUUUUUUGCUUGUGUGUGUGCAGCCUGCCUGCUGAGCGCCGCGAGAACAUCCGAAGCCUGCUGCAGAGCGACCAGACGCACAUCCGCACGCUCAAGCGGGCUGUGGAUGACGCCACGGCACUCCUGACGCAGCUGAAUGGCACCGCACCCAAGCCCUCCCCGGCGCGGUCCCCCACCCCUUCGCAACACGGCCAUCGAACACAGGCAAGCAGAAGGCGCACGGGACCGAAUCUGCAUCGUCAUGUGUGUCCUCUGUCUGUCUGUCUGUCUGGGUGUAUGUGUUUUCAGUCGAUGCCUGCGUCGAGCGACCCGCCAUCCUACUCGGUGCCGAGAUCAGCAUUCCACUCCGGUGAGCAUCUCCACACCAGAGCAGCCUGCAUGAAUGGAUGGAAAUUCUUAAAAAAAGUGAAUGCCGUCUCCCUCUUUCUCGUUGUGUCUUUCUCAGUUCCUUCCCGCGUUAGCCCCUUUGCGCCCGUGUACGAGCCACCACCACCCGCUCAAUCAUACGUCAACGGCGGAUGGGGGGGCCAUCCCCCCGUCGGCCGCUCUGUGGUGCCCCCCGCCUUUCUCCCGCCCUCGAUGCAUCAGCAGUCUUUCUUCCCCCCACACGCCCAUCCACCACACGGAUAUUACCCGGCGUACGGCCCCCACUACGGCCACAACCAUUUCGCGGCCGGCAUUGCGGCGAGCGGGCCGUAUGGCUACCCCCCACAGCACCAUCACCGUGGCGUGGCUGCUGCCGGCAUGAACAUGCCCAUCGAGGAGGGCCAGUCUUUCGGCUACUAUGUGCCGGGUGGAGGUGCGAUUGGCGUUGGGGGCCAGAUGGUGAUGCAGGGGCCGCCGAUGGGGAUGGAGGUGGUGGUGCCGAUGGAGGACGACGAGCUGGCCAAGAAGGACGCCAACGGCAACGGCAAUGAGUCCAACAUGACCAACAGCACCUACUGGCCGGGCACUCGCUCCAGCAACCCAUCCAACGGCAACAGCAAUGGCAACGGCAACAGCGACGAGAGCGGCUCGCAAGGCAACUCGGGAGGCUCCGAGCAGAAGGAGGGGUCCGAGGGAGACACCACCGGCAACGAUGUGUCCAACCAGUCGGCCCCCAGCCACAGCCACACCCCCUCUCCCUACCACCCACACCCGCCCCCAGAGGCGCUAAGGGAACAGCAGGGCAUGCAGGCCGGCCAUCGCCCGAAACUCGCCAUUCCGGAGCAUCCCGUCUUGCAGGACGUCACUGUGGCUGCUGGGGCGGGUGGGGGCGGAGGGGGCUGGGCGCGAGGGAAUUCCUGACGUAGUGUCCGUCUGCCUGCCUGGCUGUAUGUCGAGAGCCGGCGGCCAUUCUGGUGUCGUGUUGUUGGCUACUGCUAAUGUUUGCGUGAACCGGACACGUCGGCGGCUUGUCGGUGUGUGUGGGGGUGCGGUGCUUUUUGCCUUUGUUUUUGUUCUUGUGCGUGGAAUGGAAUGGUGUGUACAGCGUACUGCACAGUAGAGGCAGUGGGGGGCAAUUGCACGACCCGUCUUGACUUUCUUCACUGGGCGGCCCGACGCCGUCCUUCUGGUUGUUCCAUGGGGCCCACCUGGUGCCCAACUGGCUAACUCCUGUGUGCAUGGAUACUGGCUCAUUUGUUUGUAGCUUAAAGGUGUCAUGUGCGUGUGCGUGAGCCCCACUCAUGCGAGCGAUUUGCCUCCAUUAAGAGACGGAGACUAUGUGGGUGCCAUCGAUAUCGACCAGUUGCGUAUCCGUGUGUCUCUGUGGGUGUGUAUCUGUAACAGGGAUCGGGGGAGGAGAGAGCGGGUUUUAAGAUCCUGCUGGCUACAUAUCCAUCGGCGAAGUGUCCUCACUCUCUUCCUAGCCCCUCCUGGCUGGCUGGCUGGCUGUCUCGUCUCGUCUAUGUCGGACUGAUGUGCAACACUCUCUCUCCGUCAGCGUCCGAGUGGCUACUGUCACGCAAACACACUGAGUGUCUGGUUGUCUCUCAGCCGGUGGUGGAUGUGGGCGUUGCAUGUUUGCGUGUGUGGAUGGUGAACACUGACUGAAUGCGUGCAUGAGCCCUGACUAAAGGGUGGCCAAAUCCAAGCACCACAACUUAUGAACACUAGCC